ACCAGCAGUACCAGCAGCAGUUCACCGUCUGAUCUACACAUGUCUGGACCCAGCAGCCGGACCCUCUCACCCUGAAGCCAUGGUUCUGGCGCUCCACGCUCCGUCAGCGCGCAACUGAGGCUCACGGACACCAGGGGGGAACCUGACCCGGGUGGAGGGGACGCUUUGGAGCGACUUAACAGUGAUUUGUUUGUGACCAUGGAGACUUUGUUCUACCUUCUCGCCUUUGUGCUGACCCGGUGGUGUUCGGGUCUCGGAUAUGCCGCCGAGUCCAGCAUCCAGGCGGGUCAGAGAGCGGCGAGCAGACACAGGAACUGGUGUGCCUAUGUGGUGACGAGGACAGUAAGCUGUGUUAUGGAGGACGGAGUGGAGACGUACGUCAAGCCAGACUAUCAGCGCUGUACCUGGGGGCAGUGUCCCCGAGUGGCCUACCGGACCUAUAGGAGGCCAAGGUACAAGGUAGCUUACAAGAUGGUGACGGAAAUGGAGUGGAAGUGUUGCCACGGUUACUCAGGGGAAGACUGCCACCAAGGUCCUCACGGGACCCUUGACACUCGGGUCAACGGAGGACAGACUCAAACCACACAGACCGGGGGUGGAAAGAAGGGUGAGCAAGGCGAGAGCGAGAGAAUCCAGCAGCUGCAGGACACAAUCACCGGCCUUAAAAAAGAACUCCACAACAUGAAGACCACCAUUGACGGCAUAAACCAAAAGCUUCCCGGCCUGAAUGGGGCAACUGUUGCCGCGGAUUCAGCUCAGCCGUUCAUGAAAGAAACCAUCAACAGCAUCCAAACUAAGCUGGACCAUCUCUACAACAGAACGCAGGUCCACGAUGAGACGCUGGUGACCAUCAACAACCAUUUGGUGAACGGAGGUGGAAAUGAGUUGGAUGGUAAAGCUGAGACAGGCGGAGGGAACCAGCUGAACACGCUGAAGGAGGAGAUCCUGACCGAGCUGGAGCGACGGGUCUCUCUGUCCUGCUCUUCCUGUCAGGCCGGUGUGGAGGACCUGAGACGACAGCAGGCGGAGGACAGAGAAAGGAUCAGCGCCUUGGAGAAGAGGAUCAGCUCCAUGGACCAACACAUCAGGCAGAACUUGGAAAUCUUCCGCAGAGAAAACGAGCACUCCCAGGACUGCUGCAGCACCAUCACCGACCUGGAGAACAGGCUGUCGAAUGUAGACGUGCGACUCACGUCCACUUCAGACAAGUGCGACAGCAUCAAGGGGCGGCUGGAUAAGGAGCUCGCGGGGACGGGUGGAGGAAAGGGACGGGUCACUGAGGAUCGUUUUAACAGCAGGCUGAGAGAACUGGAAAAGAGGCUUAAUACCACAUUGAGGAAGACAGAGCAGAGGUGUACUAACACUGGGAGCAACCUGAAAGAAACCAUCCAAAGAGAUUUUACCCAGCUGAGUAAUACGGUCCUUGGUAAGCUGGACGACCACACCUCUAAAAUUGAAAACAUAGACCUGGAUGUGACAGAUCUUAAAGACACAGUGACAGACCAUAGCCGGCGUUUAAACCGGCUGGAGGGCAUCACAACAUUCCUUGACAAAAGGCUUACCUCCAUCACAAAGAUGUGCAAUGACACUUGUGGGCACAAUGGAAAAGGCCCAGCAACAGAUGAGACUGUAAAAACCUUGGAGUGGAGAGUUGUGACCAAUCAGGAGCACAUCAAGAGGUUUAACAACACCCUUAACAACCUGUCUCUGACAGGAGACUCCCUGAUUGGCAGAGUGAUUGACCUAACCAACGACAUCAACAAGAUAAAAGCUGUGACUGGACAGAACAGUGAACACUUCACCCGCAUUGUCACAGAGAUGGACACUUUGGGCAGAGAUCUUGAGGACUGCCUUGUUUGCCGCGACAUCAAGCAGGACUUGCGCUUGCUCAACAGCUCCAUGACCGUCGGCCUCAACAAGUGCCAGAAGGAACUGGAUGAUCUGCGGAGGAGAGUCGACUCCGGGGAAUCCACCUGCUCUCAGGUUUGCUCCAACCUUCAGGAAGAGGUGGGGCGACUUAGAGAGGACGUGGAGGAAUGUACGGGACAGUGUAAAACCAACAUCGAUGACCUGAAGAAACGGUUGGAUGGUCACACUUUCCACAGUGGAAAGUUAGGGGGCGAUCUAAAAUCCAUCCAAGGAGAGCUGGCUAAUGUCAUGGUCACCUGUAACUCCAUUAAUAGCUCACUGAAGGACCUGGGACGAACUGUGAAGACACAUGGUACCACGCUAAUAGAUCUAUCCAACACCAACGACAACACCUUCUCUGUGGUGAACAACUUGCAGAAAGAGCUGAGGGACCAUGUAGACGACUCCAAGCUUCAGUUUGGCAAUCUGGGCAGAGAGAUCCAGAUAAUCAGGAGCAACUAUGUGACGGAGGUGGGGGAGUGCCGGCGGUCCAGUGACGGCCUGGACCGCCGGCUCCUCAAGCUGGAGGGAGUCUGCGGCCGCUUGGACUCCUUCACCCUCAGCCUGGAGAAAAUCAAAGAGGGCCUGAACAGACAUGUGUCUGGCCUGUGGAGCUGCGUUAAUGGGCUCAAUGUCACCGUGACGUCCCAAGGAGAGCUUAUUGACAAUAUCCAGAACAUCCAGCUGGGCCGCGUCCACUCCAGGAUGCACAUGCUGAACUCCUCUGUGCUGGACCUGGGCAGGCGGUUCUCUGUUUUCAUGGAGCAGGACUUUAGGGGUCCACCAGGCCCUCGAGGAGAAAGAGGCGAGCCCGGACCGCAGGGUCCUGUUGGACCCCAAGGACGGGUGGGGCCUCCCGGCAAGGACGGCAGACAGGGACCAGUGGGACCCCCAGGGCUCAGAGGAGAACAGGGUCUUCAAGGGUCUGAUGCCCACGUGCCACGCCUCUCUUUCUCUGCUGCACUGACACUUCCGAUGCGGAAAAAGGGAACUAUAGAGUUCAACGAGGUGUUUGUCAACGAAAAUAAUGCCUACAACCCUAAAACAGGCACGUUCACAGCACCUCUCCGCGGCAGAUACUUUUUCAGCGGCAUCCUGACCGGUCACAAAAACAUGAAGAUCGAGGCGGUGCUCUCCAAGUCCAACGUCGGCAUCGCCCGGGUGGAUUCGGCGGGAUAUGAGCCCGAAGACCUGGAGAAGCCCAUGGCCGAGGUCAAACACAUCCCCGGAGCUGUGGCUGUGUUUAACAUCAUCCUGGCCUUAGAGGCCGGGGACACGGUCUGCAUCGACCUGGUGACGGGCACGCUGGCCUACUCUCCUGAACCUCUAACCAUCUUCAGUGGGAUACUGCUGUACUAGACUGGAGGCAGUAUGAUUCCAGAGUAUGAGUUCGUCUUGUUGCGUUAAACCCUCUGUGUUUGGACUCAACGCAAAGAGCCAUGAACAGUGGGUAGGACUGAUACAACUGGACUGGGUUCAUCCAGCAAAAGAAGUAAAACAUUUCACAGCUUUAAGGAACAGUUUUUCUUUGAUUGAUAUAUAUUUUUCUCUGGAAAGAAAAAAAAGCCACGGCAGGGUAAUUCUUGCACUGCUAUAAACUUGGAUACCUUACUGAUUGCAGCCGUACACCCUUCCAGUUUCGCUAGUUAAAGAAUGGACAUUUAGUCAAAUGGAGAAAAACUGAAGAUGCGAGUGUUUUUAUUUAUCUGCGCUGUCCGCCCACGUCACCUCAACUCUUCAGCGUUCAUUACACGCUCUUUUAGAUGUUUCCUUUUUCUUUUCUUUCUUUUUUUUACUAUGAUCAUUUCUUUUUUUUAAGUUUCUCACAGUUUCAUUUUGACCACAAGCGACUUCCCAGAAACGCAACGCUGAGUGCCAACUGUCUUGGGGGGGGGGGGGAAUGCAGAGGGGGACAAAGUCCAAACCACUAUUCUUUAGGAGGAAAUGCACAAAUGAAGUCACUGACAGUUCAGCAGAGAAACCACAGGAUUUUAUAAAUCAUGCAGCCACAAAAACAAUAAGACCAUUUUAGGAGUUCGGCCAUGCCCUGAAACACAAAGGAAGGAGAGGAUUUGUCAGAUGGAAGAGGGGAUUUUUUUUCCCCCACUCUGUGUCCUAAUAAGGGACAUCUAAAGUUAGAAGAGGAGGGUCGAGGUAUUAAAGUUGUGGACUCCUUACAGAUCUUACAGUUCCAGUCAGAGGUUUACAUGCACUUACCAUCAGCAUGAUAGCCAUGUUUAUUAUACAGCAUGACUUCCGGAAACAUUUUAAUACAAGACGUGUGGCAAAAAGUCAGAUGUAUUGUAGAUGUUGUCAUGUGGGCUUAAAAAUAUACAUAUCCCUUGGCAUGUUGUAGAGAGACCACGCCCACCGUGAAACCAUCAGCUGGCUGGAUGAUUUACCACAGUUAUUGGCUUAAUUAGAAUUUCCUGGCGCAGACUCAACUUUUCAGCAGAGCUUACUGACUCUCCGCAGGGUUCGGGCCAAGGACUUUAGAGAGGACAUUCGGGAAGAUUAAUGGAAGACUUCCAAAACUAUCUUUGAUAUUUUUUUUAGAAUCCUUGUCCUCAGUUGAAAGGAAAUGUGUGUUCGGAGGUUCAGGAAAGACUCAGGAACCACCUUGGCUCAAAUAUGUAAUAAAACUGGAAGGAGGUGGGACACCAGUGUCGCUUACCAUGGUGAAAUUAGCUUCACAUUAACAGAAUGAGAGGCUGCCGACCAGCAAAGAAGCGUUUCUCCAAAACCGCCGCAAUCAAGGAUGGCUCAACGCUGAAGCUGACCACAUGGACAAGUUAAAUACGUUCCGUUAAACAGUUUUAGGGUCAGACAGGACAAAGGCUGAGCUGUUUGCCCACAAUUACACCGAGAAUGUUUAGUCAGGAUUAAGGCAGUGGAUUUCAAAAACACUUGAUCCACUUUAUAGCAUGGUGGUGGCAAAGGUCUGUUUUUGAGAUGACAAAACUGGAGGACCACCUCAAAGUACUUCAGCUCUUCCUCAAACAGUGAGUUUGAGGAAGAGCUUCCCAACAGGACAAUCAUGCCAAAAAAACUGUUCCACUUUCGAAUCGAUGACGUGGAUUAACACGGCUGGCCUUGACCUCAACCCUUUAGAAAAUCUCUGGACAACACUCAAAAGUUGUAUUAAUGCCAGGAAACCGCUUAAAAAAAAAA